AUGGAUUUGUCUAUACCUAGGAUUAAAUUUGAGGCUGAAAAGUACUUUGAAGAAGAAUUCGAUCUUGAAGAAGCUGUGGGAGAUAGCAAAGCACACGACUCGUUGGUCGCGGCGUGCGGUGCGGUCGGUGCGGGCGCGGCGGGCGCGCGCAGGACGGGCGGGCGCGGCGCCACGACGACGGCGCACAGCAAGCAGCUGGCGGCGGGCGGGGCCAACCACCCGGCCCAGCCGCAAGGUAACAAACGCUCCGGCUGCGGUGGCGAUGGAGACUACCAGCUGGUGCAGCACGAGGUGCUAUAUUCCUCGUCGAAUAGGUACGAGGUGCUCGAAUUCCUCGGGCGAGGCACGUUCGGGCAGGUGGUGAAGUGCUGGAAGAAGGGCACUAACGAGAUAGUCGCCAUCAAGAUAUUGAAGAACCAUCCCAGCUAUGCUCGCCAGGGGCAGAUUGAGGUGUCCAUCCUCUCCCGCUUGUCUCAAGAGUCGGCGGACGAGUUCAACUUCGUCCGCGCGUACGAAUGCUUCCAGCAUCGCUCGCACACGUGCCUCGUGUUCGAGAUGCUGGAGCAGAAUCUGUACGACUUCCUCAAACAGAACAAGUUCUCGCCUCUACCUCUGAAGUACAUCAGGCCGAUAUUACAACAGGUCUUGACGGCGUUGCUUAAGCUCAAACAACUGGGUCUCAUCCACGCGGAUUUAAAGCCGGAGAACAUAAUGUUGGUGGAGCCCGCGCGUCAGCCCUACAGGGUUAAGGUCAUCGACUUCGGCAGCGCCUCGCACGUCAGUAAGGCCGUGUGCAACACCUACUUGCAGAGCAGAUACUAUAGAGCACCAGAAAUAAUUCUAGGGCUCGCGUUCUGCGAGGCGAUAGACAUGUGGUCCCUCGGAUGCGUCGUGGCCGAGCUGUUCCUGGGCUGGCCGCUGUACCCGGGCUCCUCCGAGUACGACCAGAUCAGAUACAUCUCCCAGACCCAGGGGCUGCCCACUGAGCAUAUGCUCAAUAGUGCAUCUAAAACGGCGAAGUUCUUCUACCGCGACGUGGACAGCACGUACCCGUUCUGGCGGCUGAAGACGCCCGAGGAGCACGAGCUGGAGACCGGCAUCAAGAGCAAGGAGGCCAGGAAGUACAUAUUCAACUGCCUCGACGACAUUGGACAGGUGAACGUACCAACUGAUCUUGAAGGCGGCCAACUGUUAGCGGAGAAAGCAGAUAGAAGGGAAUUUAUUGAUUUACUCAAAAGAAUGCUUACAAUGGACCAGGAAAGAAGGAUAACGCCAGGCGAGGCGCUCAAUCACGCGUUCGUGACGCUCGCGCACCUCGUCGACUACGCGCACUGCAAUAACGUCAAGGCCUCCGUCCAGAUGAUGGAGGUGUGCCGUCGUUCUGGCAGCGUGGGCGGCGUGGGCGUGGGCGGAGUGGGUGUGGGCGGUGUGGGCGUGGGCGGCGGCGAGUACGUGGGCGGAGUGGUGGCGCCCGCUGCGCCCUCCGCCCACCACCUAGCACUGACCAUCAACCAGCAGAGGUUGAGAGCGGCGCCCUAUGAUAAUUUGUACCAGCUGUACGGCGGCGGGCGCGUGGCGGUGGGCGGCGCGCGGCAGUACGCGGCGCGCGCGGCCGAGCCCUUCCCGCACCAGUUCGUGUCCUCCAUACUGUGCCAGCCGGCGUACCAGGUGCAGCAGCUAGCAGCGGCCGCGGCGGCGGCGGCGGCGGCGCACCAGCAUGGCGUGGGCGUGGGCGUGGGCGAGGUGGGCGAGUGGCGCGCGCCGCUCAUUGUGGAGCCCGCGCCGCUGCCCGAGCCUGACGUCUGGGACUUCCACCACGCUCACCACCAUCAUCCCCAUAAGAGAUCAACCAAGCAACAGACGAGCGCCGUGCCGCACUACCAGCCGCACCACCAAGCGCAACAAUACAGUAUGGCGAGCGGUGGCGGUAAGAAGGAGGCGACUCAGCUCUCCCCCGUCAAGAAGCGAGUGAAGGAAGGCACGCCCCCGUCCAGGCACAGGCAUCAUGAUCACACUAACCGCGGCGCGACGUCGGCCGCGGGCGCGUGGGAGGGCUGCGCCAGCGCCGGGCACACCAUCACCAUCCGCGACACGCCCUCGCCCGCCGUCUCUGUCAUCACCAUCUCCGACUCCGACGACGACGCCGACCCUCGCGCCAACAGAGGUAGCGGCGAAUGCCAACCACAUCAACAAACUCACGCAACAACAAACGUUACAAACAACGCCAGCAUCACCACCAACAGUAGUGCGGGCGCGAGUGGGAGUGGGAUCGGGAGUGGGAGUGGGGGAGUGACGGUGAGCACUACCGGCGGAGUUAUAUGCAGCGCGAAGACGCCUCGUGACGAGCGGCACGUCAAGCACGAGCCGCAUCACCAGCCCUGUCAUCAUCAUCACACGCAGCCCCAGCAGCCGCAGCAGCCCCAGCAGCCGCAGCAGCCGCAACGGCCGCCGCAGGCCACGCCGCAGAGCCAGAAGAAGCGGCUGCUCGCGCUCGCGCAGCAGGAGCAGGCCAAGCUCGAGCACCGCGACCACCCGCCCGCGCCCGCGCCCGCGCCCGCCGCACACUAUAAUAGCGGUUCGACGGUACGCCAGACGAAUGACUAUCAAUGCAAUCAGUAUGUUCCUACGCAGCAGCAUAAGAGGGAUAGUAGCGGCGGCUGUCGAGACUAUCUGCCGGUCAGCGGUGCAGUAAGCGGAGUUAGCGGAGUCAGCGGAGUGAGCGGAGUAAGCGGAGUGAGCGGAGUUAGCGGAAUGGGUAUGAGCGUGAACGUGGGUCCGCCCGCCGCGCACAAGCACGCGCCGCACGCGUGGCACCACCACCCCCACCCGCACUACAAUGGUGUGAGUGGAGUGACGGCGGCCGGCGGCGUGGGCGUGGGCGUGGGCGGCGCGGCGGGCGGCGGCGUGCUGUCGCCGGGCGGCGUGUCGCCGGGCUACCUGCCGCCGCCGCUCUACGUGCCCACAUACCAUUAUCACACCGGCGGAGUGAGCAGCGCGCACAGCGUGGCGGGCGUGGCGGGCCCGCCGCCCGCGCACCACGGCAGCCGCCUGCCCUACCUGCAGCCCUACUCGCCCACCUACCUCGUGCCGCAGCACCCGCAGCAGCACCUCUGGUACACCGAC